AUGGUAGGGGUAAUCAGUCUCAGAUACGACCCCACCAUUUCUGGUGAUGAAGUCAAAGACAUUCUCUGUCCAUCCACCUUCGCAGCCAUGAUUGGUCACAAAGCGAGCUACAUCAUUGCUGGUCUUGGCAGUAUUUAUUCUUUGAACUAUUUGACUAACAAAGCAAGUAUCCACCUUUCGGCCCAACAUAUAUUAGAUGGGAAUACUGUGACCAAUCAUGGCUGCGAAGGUGGAUGGACAGAGAAUGUCUUUGACUUCAUCACCAGAAAUGGUGGGGUCGUAUCUGAGACUGAUUACCCCUACCGUGGUAUCAGAGGUCCCUGCAAGGCUGUUGAGGCUGCGGGAGUAACUAUUGCUAACUGGGCGGCUGUAGAACCGACGGAAGAAGUUGUGAAGUAUGCAGUUGCUUACCAGCCUGUUGUGGCAUCUAUCUACACUAACAGCAAAUUUAGGAGAUACAGCAAGGGUUUUCUUGAAGUUCCUCGCAAUCCUAGUCCAGUUAACCACUCUGUGCUUCUACUCGGAUAUGGUGAGUGUCCACUACAGGGCGAAUGCUGGAUCGGCAUAAGUUCGUACCGAAACCGAAGGCGAUGGGGCAUAACAUGGCGGGGCCAGUACCGUAACAUCUUCUUUCUACCGAGGAACACGUGUCAUGUGGAGGGGGCUCUCAGAGUCCUAACCAAUGUUGUUCUUCCCCUGGGAGCUUCUAUGGUUCCUAAGGUUAAAACUCGAAGUGAGAGCUGCCCUGCCUGUUUCAAGUAGGUGGGCUUACGGUGGACUGCUAAUGCUGCUGGUGGCUCGUCACACUCCAAUGUUUCCAUUGGUUUGAGUUCUGUUUGGAAUCUGUGCUACCUGCUUCAAUUGGCUCGAGCUCUUUUUGCUGAUUUGUGAUACGAUGUUUCUGUUUGGAGUCUGAGCUACCAGUUCAAUUGGCUCCGUGCUCUUUUUGAUCAACUUAUGAUCCGAUGCUGCACUUAGACCAUCGUGUCUCAAGUCAUGUAUUACCUCCGUCCCAAAUUACUACUCCCUCCAUUCCAUAAUGUAAGACGUUUUUUGACACUACACCAGUGUCAAAAAGGGUCUUACAUUAUGGGACGGUCGAAGUAGAUUUUAUUGUUAU